CUCGGUGCAUAAGGCUCUGGCUCCUAAGCUGCCGGGAACAUGCAGUCCAGCGAGAAGCUGCCUGGAGCUGGGAACCGAGGCGCGCGGAGAGCCGGGCGCACACGCCAGACGGGAGAGAGAGGCUCAUCUUUUUAAAGACCUUUUUGAACAGAGUAUCCGGCCCUGCAGACCCUCCUCUUCUUCCUCUUCCUCCGCUUGGAACAUUUUGGCUAGCGCCGCGCAGAAGACUUCAACAGAGCAAAACAACAAAACAAAACAAAACAAACCCCAACAACAACCACCAAACUAACCCACCGCCGCCACCACAACAAAAAGCAUGCAAGGCAAUGUUGUCUCUGCACGGACAAGGCUAGGAGUUUUGACUAGUGGACUAGACAAAUGAACAGGGGUAGGUAAAACUGUCUUGCUGAAAUAUACAAGGGGGCGUUUGAACUUGUGUGAAGAAGACUGUAGCAACAUCAAGCGAGAGGAGAUACAUCUGGCUGAUUUAUAGUAUGAAAAUCUAUCUCUCUGUAUAACAACAAGCAUCUCCCCCUCCCUCCCUCUCCAGGGCGGCAUCCAUAACAGAUUAGGGCAAUGAGCCUAGGUUAGGAUCCAAAGCUCCUUUUGAUUCUUAUAAUUAUUUCAUUUUUUUUCUCCUUCCUUUUGAUUUCUCUUUGGGAAAAGCAGAUGCACUUUGACUACUGACUGCUCUACCUCAGACCUGAGAAAACUCAUCACAUUUGUUUUUUAAUCAUCGUCAUCGUUAUUGUUAUUAUUUUUAUGCGCGUUGAUCUGUGUUGUUGUUGUUUUUUUAUGAUUAUUAUUUAUUUUAUUGGCCGGGAUUCUGCUGUUGUAUUGAAGAGCUGGGCCCUGGGUGUUUUUUUUUGUUUUUUUUUUUUUGUUUGUUUCUUUUCUUUUGGUAUUUGUGUAUCCCUGCUAGGACAUUUGAAAGAAGAUAUCCUCCUUCCCCCCUCCCAUUAGUUUCCCCCCUUUUCUCCUCCAAGGCUUUUAAAACACACAAAAAACCCGACGCUGGUGUAAUCUCUUCUUUUUAAUUUUUUUUUUUUUUUUGCUUGACAUCUGGGAGCCAAAACCCCCCACUCUCAAAAUAACCAAAGACAAUGGUGCACUGUGCCGGCUGCAAACGGCCAAUCUUGGACCGGUUUUUGUUGAAUGUACUGGACAGGGCUUGGCAUGUGAAGUGUGUUCAAUGCUGUGAAUGUAAAUGCAAUUUGACAGAGAAAUGCUUUUCCCGAGAAGGCAAGCUUUACUGCAAAACAGACUUCUUUCGGUGUUUUGGGACCAAGUGUGCUGGCUGUGCCCAGGGGAUCUCCCCCAGCGACUUGGUCAGGAGGGCGAGAAGCAAAGUGUUCCACUUGAACUGUUUUACUUGUAUGAUGUGUAACAAACAGCUCUCCACCGGCGAGGAGCUCUAUAUUAUCGACGAGAACAAGUUUGUCUGCAAAGAAGAUUACCUAAAUAACAGCAAUACUGCCAAAGAGAACAGCCUGCACUCAGCCACAACCGGCAGUGACCCCAGUCUGUCUCCGGAUUCUCAAGACCCUUCCCAGGACGACGCGAAAGACUCGGAGAGUGCAAACGUGUCAGACAAGGACGCUGGCAGCAAUGAGAAUGAUGAUCAGAACCUGGGGGCCAAGAGGCGGGGUCCUCGCACCACUAUCAAAGCCAAACAACUAGAGACUCUGAAAGCGGCCUUCGCAGCUACCCCCAAACCCACCAGGCACAUCAGGGAGCAGCUGGCCCAAGAAACCGGGCUCAACAUGCGAGUCAUACAGGUGUGGUUCCAGAACCGGCGCUCCAAGGAGCGGCGCAUGAAGCAGCUGAGCGCGCUGGGGGCCCGCCGCCACGCCUUCUUCCGCAGCCCCCGCCGCAUGAGGCCGCUGGUGGACCGGCUGGAGCCGGGGGAGCUCAUCCCCAACGGGCCCUUCUCUUUCUAUGGAGAUUAUCAGAGCGAGUAUUAUGGCCCUGGAAGCAAUUAUGAUUUCUUCCCACAAGGACCCCCUUCAUCUCAAGCUCAGACGCCGGUCGAUCUCCCAUUUGUGCCCUCCUCUGGGCCAUCAGGAACUCCUCUGGGUGGAAUGGAUCACCCAUUACCCGGACACCACCCUUCCAGUGAGGCUCAGCGCUUCACUGACAUAAUGUCCCACCCACCUGGAGACUCACCCAGCCCUGAGCCCAACCUGCCAGGUUCUUUGCACUCCAUGUCUGCAGAAGUUUUUGGUCCAAGUCCCCCAUUUUCUUCAAUAUCCGUCAACGGUGGUGCUAAUUAUGGCAAUCACUUGUCACAUCCACCAGAAAUGAAUGAAGCAGCUGUGUGGUAGCUUUAAAACAAACUGGGUCUAAGUAAGUGAUGAGCUUCUAGUCUGCUUAUGUUAUGGUGUACAGAAAUGAAUAAGUAUAACAUCUCUCUUGCCCUAAGACAAUUUUACCUUGGGAAUGAACUGAAUCCAAAUCACUCCAAGGCAAGCUUUGCUAUAGACCGGGACAAUCUUCAUAAUAUGGUUGUAAUAAACAAA